AUCUAUCUAUUUAUCAAUCCAUAAUCUAUAUAUUUCACUAUGGGAUCCCAGCCUUCCAAGGAACAGCAGAACGAGUACGAUGAGAAGCGCGCCUCAGCAUCUACCGAAUCUCCCUCUCCCUCUUCUUCAUCGCUGGCCGAUAAGAUGGCCAACCUGAACCUUGGCUCUUCCACCCUGGGAUCCGAAAGCCUGACAAGCCGCAGUCUUGAGAAAUAUUCCAACCACUUUUGGAGCGAUCGCAAGAACCAGUUUGCUCUCAAUGCAGUGGUCAACAACGACUAUCGAGAUGUCAUCUAUAACCACCGUGCCGUCCUUAAGGACAAUCAUGUAUUCAAUGUAAAAGUUCCAGCCGAGGCUCAGAUUACAAACCAAAAGUCAUCAGGCAGAUGCUGGCUGUUUGCUGGUACCAAUGUUAUGCGUUUGGCUGUUAUCAAAAAGUACAAACUCAAUGAUGACUUUGAGCUCUCCCAAAACUUCUUGUUCUUCUAUGAUAAACUUGAAAAGGCUAAUUGGUUCUUGGAGCAAAUGAUUGAGUUGGCUGAGACUGACAUUGACGAUCGCGUUGUCCAGUACCUUCUCCAGACCCCUAUCAAUGAUGGUGGUCAGUGGGAUAUGUUGGUCAAUAUUGUCCAAAAGUACGGUGUUGUCCCCAAAUCAGUUUACCCAGAAACCUUUGCCUCUUCCGAGUCCGCUCGUCUGAACUGGCUUGUCAAGGUCAAGCUGAGAGAAUAUGCAGUCCAGAUUCGCGAGGCUCUUCAAACUGGUGUGUCUGCCAGUAUCAUCAGAGUAAUCAAGGAAGAAAUGAUGCAGGACAUCUACCGUAUCCUUGUUAUCUUCCUUGGUGAACCGCCAGCUAAGUUUGAUUGGGAGAUUAAUGAUAAGGAAGGCAAGGUUCUGUCCCUGUCGGGUUUGACACCAAAGUCCUACUUCAAGGAGGUCGUUUCCUAUCCCAUUGGUGAGACUAUGUCAUUGAUCAAUGACCCUCGAAAUACCUACGCUCGUCUGUAUACCGUUGCACGUCUUGGUAAUGUGGUCGGUGGUCAGCCGAUUAGAUACGUCAACACCACCAUUAGAAACAUGAAACGUCUUGCUGCAGAAGUUCUCAAGUCAGGCAAGCCUGUCUGGUUCGGUUGUGACGUUGGCCAAUUCAGUAGCUCCAAAUAUGCUACCAUGGAUGACAAGAUCUUCGAUUAUAGCACUGCUUUCAACGUCUCGUUUGGCAUGACCAAGGAGCAGCGUUUGCUUUAUGGUGAAAGUAUGAUGACUCAUGCAAUGGUAUUCACCGGCGUUCACUUUGACAAAGAUGGCCAGCCCAUUCGUUGGAGAGUAGAAAAUUCAUGGGGGCCUGCUACGGGUGACAAGGGUUACUGGAUCAUGACCGACACAUGGUUCUCCGAAUUUGUUUAUCAGCUUGUGUUGGAGAAGAGCGCCGUCUCCAAGGAUCUUGUCGCCAUUCUUGACACUGAGCCAUCAGUUCUGCCCGCUUACGAUCCCAUGGGAGCUUUGGCUUAAAUAUUAUAAUCUUUAUUUAAUCCAUUUAAUCUUCCAAUAUAAAUAAAUAAACCCUUCAUAUAUGUUAUUAUAUAAAUGUUUUUUUUUU